AUGUGGCCAGCGAACUCCCCAGACCUUAAUCCAAUUAAGAACCUGUGGGCCUUGCUGAAAUGGCGCCUCAACCACAACUAUCCAUUGCCGUCGUCGACUGUGGUGCUUAGACAGCAGAUUCAAGAGGUGUGGGAUGCGGUGACUGCGGCUGAGAUUAGUCGAAUGACGGGCUCGUUCAGAACGCGUUGCGAGAAGGUGAUCGCUCGUGAGGGUCGCCACACGGGCUAUUGA